AUGGUAUAUGGUAUGGCCAUUUCGUCAGCAUUGAGCUCUUCCGCAUCGAGCUCGUCAUCAACAUCUGGUGCAGCGCUUGCCGGAACGGGCGGCGGUUCUGGCGACUGCUCUUCCGUUGGGGGCUAUGCUAUGACCAGCUCAUGCGCUACGAGCAGGGCGUGCGGAGGACGACAUGGCAGGGAGGUGAUCUGUGAGCCAUUGAGGCGUGAGGGGACGGGACAAGAUGAUGAAGGGGAGGGCUCCUCUGGUGAUGAACUUGAGGAUAUCACGGAUGAGGUGUGUGAUGAUUCCUCGGAUGAAAACAAUGGUGAGGGCGGUAAUGUGGCGCAUGUGAUCUUCACUCGGUCACACACAGGGCUAGAAACAGAUGCACAAGCUACUGCCACGACCCCCGAGGGCAACCAGGGUCAAGGACAACAGCCUGUUGCUGAAGAGUCCCCUAAUCUUGUGCAAGUGGGAACUCAGGAAAGUUCGGCUGCAGUGGAAAUGGCAGCAUUUGACUCUGGGGUGCCCUGCAGGGAUGACACCGUUGGUGCUGCUGUGACGCAUGGGAGGGGAUCUAGAGACUCCGUCGCCGCUAGGAGGUUGAGGCGGUUGCAGUGUCUAAAUUUUCAGAGGGAAGUUGUCGACCCUAGCAGCAUGGAGCGGAGUGGCUUUGAUCCGCAGGAGGAGGAACCAUUGCUGCCACGAAGUAGAGGAACAAGCAGACGGGGUAGGGGGAGCAGCGAAGCUGGAGGGCGUGCUGGGAGAGGCAAUGGCAGGCGUGGAACAGCGAGAGGUGUUUGGCAGCAAGGGAGAGGGGUGGGUGUGGGGCAGCAAGGGAGGAGUGUGGGUGUGGGGCAGCUAGGGACAAGUGUGGGUGUGGGGCAGCAAGGGAGGAGUGUGGGUGUGGGGCAGCUAGGGAGGGCUGUUGGUGUGGGGCAGCCAGGGACAAGUGUGGGUGUGGGGCAGCAAGGGAGGAGUGUGGGUGUGGGGCAGCUAGGGACAAGUGUGGGUGUGGGGCAGCAAGGGAGUAGUGUGGGUGUGGGGCAGCUAGGGACAAGUGUGGGUGUGGGGCAGCAAGGGAGGGCUGUUGGUGUGGGGCAGCCAGGGACAAGUGUGGGUGUGGGGCAGCCAGGGAGAGGAGUUAUGGUGCAGCCAGGAUUGGUGCAGCAAGGGAGAGGAGUGGCUAUGCAGCAGCGUUCGGGUGGGGUGACUAUGGCGCAGACAGGGGGGGGGCAGCAAGGGAGUGGGGUGACUACGGGAUGGCAGGGGACGGGAGGGGUGAUGGGGCUGCAAGGGAGUGGACUGGCUACGAGACAGCAAUGGAGUGGGUUGGGAAUGGGGCAGACAGGGGGGGGGGCAGCAAGGGAGUGGGGUGACUACGGGACGGCAGGGGACGGGAGGGGUGAUGGGGCAGCAAGGGAGUGGGGUGACUACGGGAUGGCAGGGGACGGGAUGGGUGAUGGGGCUGCAAGGGAGUGGACUGGCUACGGGACAGCAAUGGAGGGGUGUUGGAAUGAUGCAGCCAGGCAGGGACGUGGAUAUGGAUCGCUACAGGUUUGUGGGAAUGCAGCAGCGCUGGUGGGGUGA